CGCCGGGGCGGGCCGAGCUCGGGGCCGCCGCCGCCGUCAUUGCGGACGGGACGAUGUCUCGCUGCAGCCCCGCCGCCGCCCGCCUGCUCGGCCGCUUCCUCCGCCUUCAACAGAAUGGAGUCCGACACUGCUCCUACACAGCAUCCAGGAAAAACCUGUAUGUUAACAAGAACACAAAGGUUAUCUGUCAGGGUUUUACAGGCAAACAGGGCACCUUUCACAGCCAGCAGGCAUUGGACUAUGGCACCAAUCUAGUUGGAGGAAUUUCUCCAGGGAAAGGGGGAAAAACUCAUCUAGGUCUGCCUGUGUUUAAUUCUGUGAAGGAGGCCAAAGAACAAACGGGUGCUUCAGCCACUGUCAUCUACGUCCCUCCCCCGUUUGCUGCUGCUGCCAUCAACGAGGCCAUCGAUGCAGAGAUGCCCCUGGUGGUGUGCAUCACCGAGGGCAUCCCCCAGCAGGACAUGGUGCGCGUCAAACACCGGCUGCUGCGGCAGAACAAGACCCGCCUGGUGGGCCCCAACUGCCCUGGGGUCAUCAAUCCUGGAGAAUGUAAAAUUGGUAUCAUGCCUGGUCACAUUCACAAGAAAGGAAGAAUUGGUAUUGUGUCAAGAUCUGGAACCCUGACGUACGAAGCUGUUCAUCAGACAACACAAGUUGGGUUGGGGCAGUCUUUUUGUGUUGGUAUUGGAGGUGAUCCCUUCAAUGGAACUAAUUUUAUUGACUGCCUUGAUGUCUUCCUGAAGGAUCCUCGUACUGAGGGGAUCAUAUUGAUUGGGGAGAUUGGAGGAAAUGCUGAAGAAGAUGCAGCAGCAUUUUUGAAAGAAAAUAAUUCCGGCCCCAAUGCCAAGCCAGUGGUGUCCUUCAUAGCUGGCCUGACAGCUCCUCCUGGCCGGCGGAUGGGCCACGCCGGAGCCAUCAUUGCUGGGGGAAAGGGGGGAGCCAAGGAGAAGAUUGCAGCCCUCCAGAGUGCAGGGGUUGUGGUCAGCAUGUCCCCUGCUCAGCUGGGCAGCACCAUCUACAAGGAGUUUGAGAAAAGGAAAUUGCUGUAAGAGAAGACACUUUGGAAUACUUUCUCCAAAACACCAGUGCAGCACCCGGCCUCCGCUUUUCUUUUGUCUGCUAAUCUUCAGUUGCCCCAAUGUCUUGACAUUGGUCAAUGAAUUUGACUGGGAAGCCAUAAACCUCCUGGCUAAACCUGUUUUGGUGUCUCCUUGUUUCAGACGUUGUCACCCUGUUGUAAAUCACAGCAAAUUAAUAAAUCUACUACUAAAUCUGA